GUUCUUCCUUGCUGUAUGGUUAGGUUGGCUGGGCCCGGUACUGUUUGUUUUGUGGUUCGGUUCUCGUCGGUUUUCCGAGGAGGCAUUUUAAGACUAUGGCAGCUGCGACUAUAGUCCAUGAUACUUCUGAAGCUGUGGAGCUUUGUGAUUUAUUUGGACUUUAUCUAAAGCCUAUCACAAAGAUGAUCAUCAGUGUGGCCCUUCCACAGCUGAAGCAGCCAGGGAAGUCUAUAUCUAACUGGGAAGUCAUGGAACGACUAAAAGGGAUGGUAACUAAACAUCAGUUUUCAACCUUGCGAAUCUCCAAAAGCACCAUGGACUUUAUACGGUUUGAAGGAGAGGUGGAGAACAAAAGUUUGGUUAAGGAAUUUGUAGUUGCCUUGGAUAGUAAAAGCAUAAAACUUAGUGGAUUCUCGGAUAUUCUAAAAGUUAGAGCUGCUGAGUAUAAAAUAGAUUUUCCUACUAGGCAUGACUGGGAUUCUUUUUUCCGUGAUGCAAAAGAUAUGAAUGAGAAUCUACCAGGAGAAAGACCAGAUACAAUCCACCUGGAAGGACUGCCUUGCAAAUGGUUUGCACAGAAAGACUCUGGUUCUGAAAAGCCUAGUGAAGAAGUCCUUGUGAAAGUCUUCAGUACCUUUGGGGAUAUAAGGAAUGUGGAUAUACCAAUGCUUGAUCCCUAUAGAGAAGAAAUGACUGGCCGAAACUUUCAUACAUUUAGCUUUGGUGGACACUUGAACUUCGAAUCCUAUGUGCAAUACCAAGAGUAUGCAGGCUUUGUAAAGGCCAUGAACGCUCUCAGAGGAAUGAAACUGAUGUACAAAGGGGAUGAUGGAAAAGCAGUGGCUUGUAAUAUUAAGGUUUCUUUUGAUUCAACCAAACACUUGAGUGAAACUUCUAUAAAAAAACGCCAGCUUGAACGUCAGAAAUUGCAAGAACUUGAGCAGCGCAGAGAAGAUUUGAAAAGAAAGGAGAAGGAAGCUGAGGAAAGGCAAAAAGAAGAAGAGCGCAGACAAAAAGAGCUAGAAGAGCUUGAAAAAGAGAGAAAACGCAAAGAGAAGUUAAGGCGGAAAGAGGAGAAACAAAAGGAACGAGAAGCUAGAAGAAAUAAAAAAAAGCUGCAAAAAAUGCAAGCGGAGGAGCAGAAGAGAUUGCAGGAGAAAAUCCGGCUUGAAGAAAGAAGACUUUUACUGGCUCAAAGGAAUUUGCAGUCCAUCAGGCUAAUUGCAGAGCUGCUGAGUAGAGUUAAGGCAGUGAAACUUCAUGAGCAAGAAGAGAAGGAAGCUGAAAGGAUUCGUCUUCUUGAGUUAGAGGAGAGAAGAAAGGAACAAGAGGCAGAAUUGAAACGUGUGGAAGAGGAAAAGCAGCGAGCUCUGGAGCUUCAGCGCAAAGAGAAGGAACUGAGAGAGAAGCUCUUGAACAGUCUGUUUACCAGAAACUUGCUUGCUGUCUCUCAAAGCAAAGAAGAGCCCAAAUCAUUCCAGUGUUACCCUCUUCAGCCUAGUGAAAACAUUCCUCGGGCUGCUUCAUUAAGCUAUGUCACAUCUACCUCCACUCAGACUUCUAGAGCCCAGAUACCUUCAGACUACGAACAAUUUAUGGCACAAAGUACCUAUGCAAAUUCAAAUCUACAGAGUUUAAAUGGGAUCUAUUCUGCAGAUCCUUCUUUGCAGGAAUGCAAACUUAAUAUCAGUAAUGUAAACCUUGGUACGCAGUUGUACCCACAUGCCAACAUUUUGUCAAAUACUACUCUACAUAAUACUUCUGCAGGAAAUGAUCAAAAUGUUAACUUGAAUAAAUCACAUGCUAAUGAAAGCAACAUUGAACUAGAAAGUCCAAAAGGACAAUGGGUCUCAAGUAAAUAUUCUCAUGCUCAGGGCAAAAUACAAAAAAGUGAGAUGAAGCACAGAAGAGAUUCAAGCAGUGAGGAGGAUAGACAUAGUAAAGGAAGAAAAAAGCAUAAAAAACAUUCCUCCAGGGAUCGCAGCCCUGGUCGAAAAAGUGUUAGCCCAAAGUCAAACAGGCAUAAAAGUUACUAUGACAAAGAUACACGGGACAAACACAGCCAUAAGAGAAAAAGACACCGCAAGAGAUCAUACAGUAGAGAGAGGAAGUCCUGGCGUAGUUAAAUGCGUUAUGCACACUGCCUACACAUGGGAUUCUGAUACCGCUGUACUUGCAGACUGCGUAUUUAUUAUUUUCUUUAUUAUAUUCCUUGUGGUUUACAUUUUUGAAAACUGAAAAUACAACACUUACUAAAACUAUGCUUAGUUUUUGUAGUGCUUUGAUUUCAGGCUGUUUUCUAUACCAGCUUUCUUUUAAGGGACCGUUACACAUAUUUCUAUGUCAAAGAUAAAAGAAUGUAGCAGCUAUGUGUACUGUCAAAACUUAAGUUUUAUUUUUAUUCAUACCAACUUUAUGGCAUUUUUAAUUAAUUUUGCAUGCAAUAUUUAUUUUUAUGGCAUUGGUAUAAUGUAGUGAAAGCAUAAACUUUUUUCAAUAUAGUCCUAUUCUAGUUUUACUAAAUGAGUUGUUAAUUUACAACCACAGGUAGAUAAAAUGUAUGCUAAAAAUGUGUGUGUGUAUAUACAGGCAUGUGUGUGUUUAUGGAGGCAGGGAGGGGGGGUUGGUUAAGGAAAUAAGUUAACGUCUUACUUAACAAUUUCUUCUUAGUAUGUUCUAUAUAUGUGUGUGUGAUUAUAAAAUAUUGUGUGGUUAAUAUCACUAUGGUUUACAAGUUAUAAUAGGACAAAAUACUAGUCAAAAGCCAAAUGUGUUUCUUAAUUUAUGUAUGAGUGUGUAUGUGUAUAUAUACAGGUAGAAAACUCUUUUUCCAAACUACUUGGGACCGGAAAAUAUUUUGGAAUAUUUGCCUAUUUAAAAUGAGACAGUUUGGAGAGGGGGUGGAAUCAAGUAGUGUAAACAACAAUAUCUUAGGUUAUUUAGGCAAUAUUUUCAUGUAAGCUAAAUAUAAUUUUAUAUCAUUUUUAAUACUUUUGCAUACAUAGUACCCUUAGAAAGAUACUACAGUACUGUAAUCAGAAAUGUAAUAUUACCUGUUUUAAAUAAAAAUUCUUAUUUGCAUUCUAAAAAAAAACAAAAAAACAGACCAAAGACACAGGCAGAGAAGACUGUGUUACAAGCAGGAUACAUAUUCAUUUUUGAUAAUUUUAUUUUAAAAGAAAUAUACAAAGUUUGGAUUUUGCAAUUCCGCAUUUGGGGGAUAUGUUUGUUCUCCACAGAAAAAUAUGACAGCCUGGUGGCAUUAUGAAGUAGCCAGGUGGGGGCAGUGUAAUAUUUUCUAAUAUAUCAUUUUCCGCUAUUCAAAGCACAAAUUAAUUGCAUAAUAUAACAUAAAUGUAUUUAAUGAUAAUUUGUGCAAUAAAAAUUGAACAUUUUUAAUACUAGAUAAUUUUAGCUUAAUGUUGGCUAAAAUUUUAGCUGUGUGGUCAGUAAAAUGAGCUUGGUAGUGCACCCGCUAAAAAGGUCCUGGGGAUAAGUGUUUUUUUUUUUAUAUAUAUAUAGAUACCGGUAUAUCUUUCUUUGUCAAAUAGCUGGAGUAGGGGUUUGGGUGAUUCAACAGCAAAGCACCUCCAUACCAUCAAGCCUACUUUUCCAUGAUUUUGCAGUAGGAAGCACAGAUCCAGACAUCAUCCGUUCACCUUUUCUGCAUCUCAAAGAUAUAUGGCGUUUGGAUCUAAAGGACACUUUUCCACUAGUCUGAUGGUCCCUGCCUGUAGUCGUUGGCCCAAGCAAGUCUCUUUGUAAUUAUCAGUAGUGCUUUCAUUGCAGAAAUUCUACCGUGAAUUCCUGAUUCAGACGGUCCCCUUUUGAACGACUAAUGUCAAGAAAUAUGUACUCUUAAAUCAGAGAUACUGUCAAGUGGCAAUUUUGAGGCUAGUGACUAAAUUAUCCUGUGCAGCAAAGGUAACUCUUAGUCUGCCUUUCCUGGUUAGUUUGUUUCAUCAUAGCACUUAAAAGAAAUAUCUACUUAAAGUUGUUAUUGUUUAAAAAUAUAGAUAAUCCCUUUAUUACUCAUUCCCCAGUUUUGCAUAACCAACACUGUUAUAUUAAUAUACUUUUUUUCCUCUGUGAUUACCUUAUAUCUAAGCCUCUGCAGACUGUCCCCUUAUCUCAGUUCUUUUUAUAGCCAAUCAGUGCUGACUCAUAAAUAAGUCCAUGAGAGUGAACACAAUGUUAUCUAUAUGACACACAUGAACUAGCAGUGUCUAACUAAAAUCUGUCAAAAUGCACUGAGAUAAGAGGCAGCUUCAUUGCUUAGAAAUUAGUUUGUCUAACUAGGUUUAGCUUUCCACAGAGAAUACCAAGAGAACAAAGCAAAUAUGAUUAAAGUAAAUUGGAAAGUUGUUUAAAAUGGCAUGCCCUAUCUAAAUCACGAAAGUUGAAUCUUGACUUUACUGUCCCUUUUAAGGUUUUUGCCACUGCACAUUAAAAACUUUCAAAGUUAA